AUGCGAGUAUUGCAGCUGAUAUGCCUCGUUGCGCUCAUCUCACGCUGCGCUGCAGACACGGCCACAACCAAUUCCCACACAGCCAGCACGUUGAAGAUCAAUUCGGAUGCAGACGCCGUGUCGCGCGUGUUAGCUGCAGACCGCAGGCAAGCUACGCGUUCUCUCCGACAGUUUGAUCACGACGAGCUGGCUGGAGGUGAUGCCGAAGAUCAAGAGAGAGGCAUCAGUAUCUCAGGUCCGGUAGAGAAAAUGGUAACAAAAUUCCGAGACGGAUUGAACGCGGUGUUAUCAAAGAAUCCAGUACGUCUGCGUGCGUCGCUUGUGGAACAACUAUCGAAGACAUACUCAUACGCUGAUAAGUUGAGCACCUCAACACUGAAGCAGCUGGAGCACAUUGAGAAAUUGAGAGCUGCGGAUAUCAAAAAAGGUGUUAAGGGCUCCAAGGCAACGCCUGGUGGUAUGCGCAGGAAUGUGGAACCAUUUCCAGGCAUGAGCACGGUUCCUAGAAAGUUUCUCGAGUCCCACGUGGGUCGUGACGGUCAACGUUUCGGUAAAGAUGGCAGUCGGUUGCUGUCUGCUGGUGUGGUUACACGUUUUAACGACAAGGGCGAGCGUGAAAUGCUUAUGAUUUCGAGCUCAAAUCCGAAAAAGAGAGAAUUUCUGCCGCCUAAAGGUGGAUGGGACAAGGGCGAGGACAUUAAGACGGCAGCGCUGCGUGAAGUUAUCGAAGAAGGAGGGGUGUGUGGACAACUUUGGUCAAUUUUGGUUGUUGAUAUGUUGACUUACUUGUGA